AUGGCGCUGCGCGCAGCUGUGUUCGACUUGGACGGGGUGCUGGCACUGCCCUCGAUUGCCAGCGCCUUCAACAGAGCCGAGGACUCCCUGGCGCUGCCCAGAGGUUUUCUGAGUGAAUCUUUCGUGAAAGGAGGUCCAGAUGGUAUCACUGCCCGCCUCAUGAAAGGAGCGAUCACAUAUGUCCAGUGGGCAUCCCUCAUGGAAGAAAACUGCAAGCAACGUUCCAAGGCCAUUGGAUUCCACCUGCCCCAGAAUUUCUCCAUUAAUCAGAUCUUCAGCAAGGCGAAUUCAGCAAGGAAGAUCAACUACCCCAUGCUUCAGGCAGCUGACGUGCUCAGAAAGAAGGGAUUCAAAACCUGCAUCCUUACCAACAACUGGCUGGAAGAUAGCCCUGAGAGAGACAACCUGGCCCGGAUGAUGUGUGAGUUGCGCCCACACUUUGAUGUCCUGGUCGAGUCAUGUCAGGUUGGGAUGGCAAAGCCCGAACCUCAGAUCUACAAGCUGCUGUUGGACACCCUGAAAGCCAGACCCAGUGAGGUUGUCUUCUUAGAUGACUUUGGGAGUAACCUGAAGCCAGCCCGUGAUCUGGGGAUGGUCACCAUCCUUGCCCGUGACACUGAUGCAGCCCUGGGGGAGCUGGAGAAGGUCACCGGGGUACAGCUUCUCCACACGGCUACCCCUCUGCCAGCCCCCUGCAGUGUGAGUGACGUGAGCCAUGGCUACGUGCCUAUAAAGCCUGGGGUCCGCUUGCAUUUUGUGGAGCUAGGCUCGGGUCCUGCCGUGUGCCUCUGCCAUGGGUUUCCUGAGAGCUGGUUCUCUUGGAGGUACCAGAUCCCUGCUCUGGCCCAGGCAGGUUACCGGGUUCUUGCUGUGGACAUGAAGGGCUAUGGAGAUUCGUCGGCCCCUCCUGAAAUAGAAGAAUAUUCCAUGGAAGUGUUAUGUAAGGAGAUGGUCACCUUCCUGGACAAGUUGGGCAUUCCUCAGGCUGUGUUCAUUGGCCAUGACUGGGGCGGCAUGCUGGUGUGGAACAUGGCUCUCUUCCACCCCGAGAGAGUACGGGCAGUGGCCAGUUUGAACACUCCGUUCAUACCUGCAGAUCCCAGCGUGCCUGCCAUAGAGAGAAUUAAAGCCAACCCAGUGUUUGAUUACCAACUCUACUUCCAAGAGCCAGGAGUGGCCGAGGCUGAACUGGAACAGAACCUGAGUCGGACUUUCAAAAGCUUCUUCAGAGCAAGUGAAGAGGGUUUUCUUGCUGUGAAUAAAGUUCGUGAAAGGGGAGGGCUUUUUGUGGGGACCCCAGAAAAUCCCAGCCUGAGCAGGAUUGUCACCGAGGAGGACAUCCAGUUCUAUGUGCAGCAGUUCCAGAAGUCUGGUUUCAGGGGCCCACUAAACUGGUACCGAAAUAUCGACAGGAACUGGCAGUGGGGCUGCCAGGGUGCAGGACGGAAGAUCCUGAUUCCUGCCCUGAUGGUGACGGCCGAGAAGGACCCUGUGCUAGUUCCUCAGAUGUCCAAGCACAUGGAGGAGUGGAUCCCCCACCUAAAAAGGGGACACAUCAAGGACUGUGGACACUGGACACAGAUGGAAAAGCCCUCCGAGGUGAAUCAGAUCCUCAUUGAGUGGCUGGAUGCUGAUGCUAGAAGCCCUCAGGUGGUCUCGAAGAUAUAGGGUGUGUGCUGGCCCUGGCAGCACCCCAAUCAGAUGAGGCCACCUCAUGUGACACGUACAUCAUCUGGAAGCAGCAAUGUUAUCCUGAAGGGGCUUGCCACCAAGAGUGGGGUUGCCUUCACUGGAUCAAAUGGGAUGAAUUGAUGUGCAACUGAUUCUGUGGGUGUUGGUGGGCCAUUUAUC